AUGGGCAAGUGGCGAUAUGGAGUCAUCCUUGAUGCUGGGUCAUCAGGUACUCGAGUCCAUAUAUACCGAUGGCUCAACAGCGCAAGGGCUCGCAAGGAGGCGAGCGAGCAGCAACUCAGCAGUCUUCCGGUACUGGAGACGAAAAAGCAAUGGACACACAAGAUUCACCCCGGCGUCUCCACCUUCGGCGAGAAAUCAGAUCGCAUAGGGCCAGACCACCUUGCGGAGCUGUUCGAACACGCGCUGAAGUACAUCCCGAAACACGAAGUCGAGAAUACCGCAGUGUUCCUGCUUGCCACCGCAGGGAUGCGCCUCCUUCCAGACAUUCAGCGCAAGAUGCUUUUGGCGGAGAUAUGCAGUUAUGCGCAGACACACACCGCGUUUCAGCUGCCGGACUGCGGCAUACACAUACAGGUCAUACCGGGUGAGACUGAAGGGCUCUAUGGAUGGAUAGCGGCGAAUUACCUGCUUGGCGGCUUCGAUUCGGCGAAUGUGAGCGAUCACGGCAACGGUCACCGCACUUACGGAUUCUUGGAUAUGGGCGGCGCAUCUGCGCAGAUUGCGUUUGCGCCAAACGCAACAGAAGCGGAGAAGCAUGCGAACGACCUUACCCUCUUGCGACUGCGGACUAUCGGCGGAGCAAACUUGGAGUAUAAAGUGUUCAGCACAACGUGGCUGGGAUAUGGGGUUAACGAGGCAAGGAAGCGCUUCGUGAAGGCUCUCGUUGAAGCCAGUCCGGAUGCGACGGAGCUACCCGAUCCAUGCCUCCCGGCUGGCUUGAACGUGACGAUAACAGGCAAGCCGAUUGAGCCAGGAUCGUCUGCAGCGAAAGGCGACGAACCGCAUUUGCUUGGCACGGGUCGCUUCUCGGAGUGCAUAAGUCAGACUUACCCGCUGCUCGACAAGGAUGCGCCAUGUUUAGAUGACCCCUGCCUCUUUCACGGCUCCCAUGUUCCAGCUAUCGACUUCGAUGUCAAUCAUUUCGUGGGUGUCUCGGAGUACUGGCAUACGACACAUGAGGUAUUCGAAAUGGCGCAUGUAGACAAGGCGUACGAUUUCCACACAUAUCAAGAGCGGGUGCAGGAGUUCUGCAGUCAACCCUACCAAAAAAUCCUAGACGGCGUCAACAGCAAGAAAUGGGGCAAGAAGGUCGACGAAGAAACAGCAAUUGAGGUCUGUUUCAAGGCGUCAUGGCUCAUCAACAUGCUCCAUGAAGGCAUCGGCGUCCCAAGAGUCGGGCUCGAGCACAUGAAAGGCGGCCACAACGGCACAAAAGCGGUAAUGGAAAACGCAAAAGCGAAAGGCUAUCUAGACCCCUUCCAAGCCGUCAACAAGAUCAACGGCACAGAAGUAAGCUGGACACUCGGCAAGAUGGUCCUAUAUGCAUCCAGCCAGAUCCCACCCGCAGAUGACACCUUAGCCGUCGGUUUCGGCAGCAACGAAGCCGGCAUUCCGGAUGAUUUCCAGUUCGCAGGCGGUAAGGACACGUUACUCGCAGAUGAUUUUUCGGAAGAACCGGAAGAUGACUGGCACGAUAUCCUCUCCCACUCCUCGAACCGCCGCAUCCCUGGAUUCCUUCUCCUAGUCCUCAUCUUCGCUCUUAUCCUCUUUCUCGUAUGCGGCCGGGAGCGGCGACAUUCCCUAUCCUCUAAACUACGCUCUCUCCUCGGUUUCGGCCGCCCAACAAGCCCCCGCUCACCGAGAAAGAAACGCAGCUUUCCAGGCAAAUUCUUCGGCAGCAACGACCCCACCUACGAGCGCGUCCUCGAGGAAGGCGAUCCCGCAUCAUCGUUCGAGCUCGCGGACGUGGACUCCGAUAACGACACCUCGGAUUCCGCGGACGGUAGCCGUGUGGGGCGGACCUCUGGCUGGGCCACCCCCCAGCUCAAGCUCGGAAAUCUUUCUGAGGGCGGCUCGGGCUACUUCGGCAAUGCUGUUGAGCAAGGUCAGGGCCUCGGAUUGGGGCCACCCAGUGUAGUGUUUGGCAAUGCGAUGGAGAGGGCGGGGCUGAUGAGUAGGACGGAUAGUAAAGAGCGCUUGGCGUUGAGUACGGUGCCGGGACAUAGGUCGAGGACGGGGAGCCCGAAUCGGUUCAGGACGCCACUGAAGGCGAACGUGGACUGA